AUGGAAGAUUUACUGGCGCCUGCUCGAGUCACUCGACAAUCAGCGGGACUACAGGCGGUACAGGCGAUAUUAUUAAGAAGAAAUUCAUUACACAUAGAGUUAGGCAAAGGCGAUACCAUCUCGCCAAAAUUAUUUACCGCCACCCUCCAGAACGUCAUGCGAACAUUGAAAUGGGAUAAGAUGGGAGUGAAAAUCGGUGAUCGGCAAUUUCGCCAUCUUCGUUUUGCUGAUGACAUCGUUAUUAUAACACUAAACAUCAGGCAAUCGGAACGAAUGCUUGCUGACUUUGAUAACGCCUAUGGAAAGAUUGGUCUUCGACAAAAUUUUACGAAAACGAUGUUCAUGAGAAACGGAUUCCUUUCGUAUGCCUCACUGAAUGCUCGGCUACUGGAAGAUUUACUGGCGCCCGCUCGAGUCACUCGACGUUCAGUGGACCGUAGUGAUGUUGAAAAGUUGCGAAAUAAAUUUAAAAAUGCUAGACUAUGA